AUGAAAACCACCCCCAACCUCGCCCUCGCUCUAACCCUCCUCGCCGGCGCCCUCAGCGCGCCCGCGCCCGCCCCCUCGCGCAAACUCACGACCCGGGAUCUCGCGUACCCCGAUAACUCCAACGCCAACGCAGGGACUCUGACCGCACGCGCCGUGAGCAUUGGCAGCGAGACCUCAGGCUCAGUCUCUGGUUCUGCUUCGCUGAGCGUUGGUGGGAGCGCUAGUCUCUCUGGUGGCGGGUCAGCUGGUCUGGCUGCUGCUGGUGGCGCGGAGGGGAGCGGAAGUGGAAGCGCUUCUGGAUCUGGAUCUGCGGGCGCGUCUGCUAGUGGUGAUGCUGAGGGAUCUGGGAGUGCUAGUGGUGGUGUCAGCGGCUCUGCUGAAGGUUCCCUGAGCGGCUCUGCUGGCCUUGGUGGUUCUGCUGGAGGUUCCGCUGGUCUCUCUGGCGGUGCUGAAGGUUCGGCUGAAGGAUCUGCUGGACUUGGUGCCUCGGGCACAGUUGGAGGAUCAGGAAGUGCAACAGGCUCCUUGGGUGGAGAGGCCAGCGGCUCAGCUGGUAUCAGUGGAUCUGGAAGUAUCGGCGGUUCAGCAGGUGUCUCUGGCGGUGCUGAGGGUUCAGCCGAGGGAUCUGCUGGACUUGGUGCCUCGGGCACAGUUGGAGGAUCAGGCAGCGCAACGGGAUCCUUGACUGGCUCUGCUAGCGGCUCAGCAGGGAUUGGUGGAUCUGGCUCUGUUGGUGGUUCUGCUGGGAUCGGCGGAUCUGCUGGCGCAUCUGGAGGUAUCGGUGGUGUAGCCGAAGGAUCCGGAUCCGCUGGCCUCGGUGCAUCAGGCACAAUUGGAGGAUCAGGCAGUGCCACCGGAUCUCUUGGCGGCGCUGCUAGUGGUGCUGCUGGCAUCGGAGGAUCUGCCGGUGGUGGGGGUGAAGCAGGCGCCUCUGGCAGUGCUGGAGGUUCAGUGGAAGGAUCAGGAUCCGCUGGACUCGGUGCCUCGGGGUCCUUGAGUGGCGGUGCAUCUGGAGGCAUCGGAGGUUCCGCAUCAGGCUCUGCUGGCCUGGGAGCAUCCGGUACAGCGACUGGUGGCGCCGGCGCUGAAGCAUCCGGUGGUGUCGGCGGCUCCGCUGGCCUCGGCGCAUCUGGAGGCGCUACUGGCUCUGUCUCCGGUAGCAUUGGAGGAUCAGGAGGCAUUGCAGGAGGCAUUGGCGGAUCGAUUGGAGGAUCUGCUGGCCUCGGUGCAUCUGGAACUGCGACAGGUUCCGCUGGCGCCGAAGCUUCUGGUAGUGCCGAAGGUGGUAUUGGUGGCCACGCAGGCCUUGGUGGUUCUGCUGGCAUUGGUGGAUCAGGCAGCAUUGGAGGCUCCGCGUCCGGCGGUAUUGGAGGAUCCGCCGGACUCGGUGCGUCUGGAACUGCAACUGGCUCCACUGGCGCCGAAGCCUCUGGCAGUGCAGCCGGUAGCCUUGGUGGUCACGCAGGCCUUGGAGGAUCAGGAAGUAUUGAGGGCUCCAUUGGAGGAUCCGCUGGUCUCGCAGGCCAAGCAGGACUUGGAGCAUCCGGAAGUGCAACUGGUUCCGCUAGUGCUGAAGCCUCUGGUGCUGCUGCGGGCGGUAUUGGUGGUCAUGCAGGUCUUGGUGGUUCUGCUAGCUUGGGCGGUUCUGGAAGCGUUGGAGGUUCUGCCGGAGGCUCAGCUGGCCUAGGUGCCUCCGGUGGCCUUGAGGCCUCCGGUACUUUAGGCGGAUCAGCAGGCGUUGGAGGAUCUGGAUCCGCUACGGGAGCAGCUGGCGCCGCUGCCUCUGGAACUGCAGCGGGUGGACUUGGUGGAUCAGGAAGCGUUGGCGGUUCAGCUGGACUUGGUGCCUCCGGUGGCCUUGAAGCCUCUGGAAGCUUGGGAGGUUCUGCAGGUGUUGAAGGCUCUGGAUCGGCUACCGGAGCCGCUGGCGCUGCUGCUUCUGGAGGUGCCGCCGGUGGUCUUGAAGGGUCUGCUGGAGGUUCAGCCGGACUGGGUGCCUCUGGCGGCCUUGAGGCCUCGGGUAGCUUAGGAGGAUCCGCUGGCAUUGGAGGUUCUGGAUCUGCUACUGGAGCGGCUGGCGCGGAGGCCUCUGGAAGCGCCGCUGGCCACGCUGGCCUGGGCGGCUCUGCUAGUCUUGGUGGAUCGGGAAGUGUUGGAGGAUCCGCUGGAGGCUCUGCCGGCCUCGGCGCCUCUGGAAGCCUUGGGGGCUCCGCCGGCAUUGGAGGAUCUGGAUCUGCUACGGGAGCUGCUGGCGCGGAAGCCUCGGGAGCCGCUGCUGGUCACGCUGGCCUUGGGGGCUCCGCCAGCCUUGGAGGAUCAGGAAGUAUUGGAGGAUCAGCUGGUAUUGGCGGGUCCGGAUCAGCCACCGGAGCUGCCGGUGCCGCCGCUUCAGGUAGUGCCGCAGGUCAAGCCGGCCUCGGCGGUUCCGCGGGUCUUGGUGGAUCAGCGACUCUUGGUGGAUCAGCUGGUAUUGGAGGCUCUGGGUCUGCUACCGGUGCCGCUGGCGCCGAAGCGUCUGGGAUGGCCGGUGGCUCUGGUAGCAUCGGAGGCCACGCUGGACUCGGUGGCUCGCUAGGCGGAUCCGCAGGCCUCAGCGGCUCUGGCAGUAUCGGUGGCUCGGCUGGCAUUGGAGGUUCUGGAUCUGCUACCGGUGCCGCUGGCGCUCAAGCCUCGGGAGCGGUUGGAGGAUCUGGUAGUGCCGGAGGUCACGCUGGUCUUGGUGGUUCUGCCUCCCUGGGCGGAUCAGCAGGUGUCAGCGGUUCUGGAAGUGUCGGCGGCUCGGCUGGCGUUGGAGGAUCCGGGUCUGCCACAGGCGCCGCUGGUGCUCAAGCCUCAGGAGCAGUUGGGGGAUCGGGUGGUGUUGGAGGCCACGCUGGUCUUGGUGGCUCCGCUUCUCUCGGAGGAUCAGCAGGCCUAGGAGCCUCUGGAACAGGUGCCGCUGGCGCUCAGGCAUCUGGAGCCGUCGGGGGAUCUGGCAGCGUUGGUGGAUCAGGCAGCAUUGGUGGCUCCGCGUCACUUGGGGGGUCGGCAGGCCUAGGAGCCUCUGGAACAGGUGCCGCUGGCGCUCAGGCGUCUGGAGCGGUCGGAGGAUCUGGUAGCGUUGGUGGAUCAGGAAGCAUCGGAGGAUCAGCUGGCGUUUCAGGAUCUGGUGGUGCUGAAGGCUCCGGUGGUGUCGGCGGAACCGCUACCGUUGGUGGCUCAGCUGGGCUGGGAGGAUCAGGCACCGGCUCUGCUGGUGCCGCUGCAUCUGGCAGCGUUGGCGGAUCUGGCGGUGCUGGAGUUGGAGUUUCUGCAACCCACGCCGGAGCUGCUGGAGCUGCUGCAUCCGGCAGUGCAGUUGGGUCCUCUGGUGCUGGAGGCUCUGGCAGUCUGGGAGGUUCUGGCAGUAUCGGGGAGUCUGGAACCAUUGGAGGUUCUGGAAGCGUUGCUGGCUCUGGAAGUGUUGGUGGUUCCGGGGACAUUGGCGCUGGAGCUUCUGGCACUUCUACUGGCGCUGCCGGUGCGGCUGCCUCUGGGAGCGCUACAGGGGCUGCUGGCGCUGGAGCAACUGGAAGUGUUGGUGGUAGCGGUGGCGCUGGGGUAUCUGGGAGUGCCGGAGGCUCAGCUGGUCUGAGUGGCUCUGGCAGCAUUGGAGGAUCCGGUGAUGUUGAGGGAUCUGGAAGUGCUGGAGGCUCUGGUGGUGCUGGGGUUGGCGUUGAUGCCACGAGCACCGGGCCUGACGCUUCUGCGUCUGGUACAGCCACCGGAUCGACUGGAGCCGAAGCCUCUGGAGCUGUUGGAGGAUCUGCAGGUGGCAGUGCUGAAGGUUCGGCUGGUAUUGGUGGCUCUGGCAGUGUUGAAGGUUCUGGAAGCGCAGACACUGAGGCUUCCGGCAGUGCUGAAGGCUCUGCUAGUGGAUCGGCUGACGCUGAAGGCUCCGGAAGUGCUGAAGCUUCUGGCAACACUGAGGGCUCUGGCAGCGCCACUGGAUCUGGAAGCACCGGUGCGUCCGGGUCUGGAAGUGCCUCUGGAUCCGCCAGCAUCGGAGGAUCUGGCAGUGCAUCUGCCUCUGGUGAAGGCUCCGACAACGCCUCAGGAACCUCGACCUCGAACCACGGCAUCGACAUCUCCAACAUCAUUACCUGGGCCUCCGGAACGCCUACCACCUUCAGCACCUCGUUCGCCACUUCCUUCUCGACGACGUUCAGCAGCGCCGCGGAUGCUACGGUUGUGGCCAAUGCCCAGGCUUCGGCUACCGGUGGAUACGACUGGUACUCGCUGCUCGGAUUCUAA